UUUGAAAUUUGCUCACAAUAUGCAACUGUAGAAAAUAUAUGAUCAUAACUGUAGUACAAUAUUGAGUUGCGAUUUACUAUUGAAUGAAUAGAUUGUAAACAUUUAAUGCAAUAAUUGAUUGUUUUGUUGAUAAUAACAAUGACAUCAAAACCAUUGGAUAAUUCAAAUCCAAUCAUUCAUUUGCCAUCACAGGAGAGACACAUUACCGCUCAAGAAGAAGAUGAUCACAUUGUCGAUGAAAUAGAUGCGCGAGAAGUGUUUGAUUUAAUCCGUGGUAUCAAAGAUCCGGAACAUCCGUUGACUUUGGAAGAGUUGAAUGUAGUGUCAGAAGACAAGUGUGAGGUCGACAUCAACACCAAUGAGUGUCGCGUUUGGUUUACACCGACUAUCAGUCAUUGUUCAAUGGCUACACUUAUUGGUCUUUCAAUACAAGUCAAACUGAUCCGAUCGCUUCCCGAACACUUCAAGAUCGAUGUGUCCAUAACUCCGGGAACGCACGCAACCGAAGACGCAGUUAACAAACAGUUGGCCGACAAAGAGCGAGUCGCCGCCGCUCUCGAAAACCAACAUUUGCUUGAAGUGGUCAACCAAUGUCUCGUAGACUCACUUUAAACGCAUUCAACGGAAAUUAAUAGUUUUUAAUAUUGAAUAUAAAAUAUUUUAUCAAUUUGUUG